UAGUAUAACGACAGUUAAAGUGUUGUUAUAGUAUUCGCACCCACAAUUUAGCUAGUAUCUUUCAUUCACGAGUUAUCAUCGAAUUGAUCGCCACUAGCAUAGCUGCGCUGAUUCCCUACAUUGUCCCGCCCGCUCUUCUUCUUCCUCACUCCGCUCGAUCGGAACUUUGGAAGAGCUUCUUCUACUCACUGACCGACGACUAUGUUUCGCUUCCCCGUAUCUUCUCGAAACCCCUAAACCCCAGAGCCCCCAUUCCCAAAAUCCCUAAAAUGUUGCUCACCUCUCAGCAGCAACUCUUCAUCAACUCGCCACCUCCACAAAUAAGCCCUCUUUGUAGCAACACUUCCGGAACUACCCUGAAACUCUCCGUCCAACACCCCUGUCUCCGCCCUUCACUCAAUUCCUCCCUCCGUCUCGCCGGGUACGAGCCCCAGUCGCCGCCUUGGAAUUCCACCGUCAGACCCCGAAACUUCAGUCCUUUCGCAUACGGAUCCGACGACUCAAUAACCACGCCGAGCAGCGCCGGCGCCGGCGUGACACUCGAUGCUUGUCUGGCAAUCGCGGAGUUCUUAUGCAUCUUCUCGUCGGCGAUUGUCACGGUGAGCUACGCGCUGAACUGUACUGUUCUAAGCGGGAGAAAGACAGCUUCGGCGGUGUUGGGGGUGAUAGGGAGCAAUGGUGCCUUCGCGUGGGGGGUGCUGCUGCUGCUAAGCGGCGUGGUGAUUGGGGGCUGGAUAAGGCGGCGGCAGUGGAGAAGGAUUUGCAAGGAAUCGGCGAGGGAAGGUCGAGAUAGCGUGAAUUUGCUCGAGAGAAUUGAGAAGUUAGAAGAGGAUUUGAGGAGUUCUGCUACCAUUGUUAGGGUUUUGUCCAGGCAGCUUGAGAAGUUGGGGAUCCGGUUCCGGCUGACCAGGAAGGCUUUGAAAGAGCCUAUUGCCGAGGCUGCAGCUUUGGCUCAAAGGAAUUCCGAAGCAACCCGUGCAUUAGCAAUGCAGGAAGACAUUCUGGAAAGGGAACUUGGUGAAGUUCAGAAGGUUCUCCUUGCAAUGCAGGAGCAGCAAGAAAAGCAACUGGACCUGAUUCUUGCAAUUACUAAGUUUGGAAAAUUAUCGGGCACUAAGCAAGAACACAGGCCGCAACAAGAUGUGGUUAAAUCAUCUCAACUCACUGAAGAAGUAAAACAGUUUGAUACCCAUGAACGUCAAGUGUCUGGUGCAAGAAAGGGAACCAACAAUGACACAUCAUAGCUACAUCUCCUUUUGGUCAAACUAGCGUAUGAAGUGGACACAGUGUUUUGGUUUUGGAUGAGUUGCAGUAUCGAUCCCCUGGAAUUUCUUCAAGUCAUUGUAUGUUGAAGUGAAAGAGAGCUCAUAGUCAAGUGGAAUUUUGCAAGUUAUAGUAUGUUGCAGCGCUCGUGGUCAAGUUCUCAAAUUUCAGGGAGUUCAGAGGUCAUAUCCAAUUUCCCGGAGUUAAAUUCUACCUGGUGCAACUCCGCGGUAUUGCUUCUCCAAAUGCACUUUCAUUCCUGUCGAAGAAAGUGCAUUCCAAAAAGCUGAACAGACUUAAACAGCUUGGAAUGGGGUGUUCAUGAAUUCUUGGUUGCACCACUGAGACCAAAUUUGUUCGUUAUGGUAAGCCCCCUGUUGAUGCAAUUUGGGUAUUUAAUGUGGGAGAGGCAGUCUUUAUUCUGAGUUUGCGUAGCUUUUAUGAAGAACUAUUCCUGGAACGAAGAUUUUAUUGCCAACUUUGUAAUGCGCGAUAGAAAGUCGAAGCGGUGGAAAGAUUAACAAGUUACCACCAAUUGCACAUUUCGUGACUUAAAUUAUAUAAAUCUUUUACUUUUUGUCAUUCGAAACCAUGUCACGCCGGCCGGUGUGCCACUGAUUGAAUCUGGUUCAACCUGUACCGGUCAUAAAACCGGUAUGGCACCACCGGUAUGACCGACAUGAUCGAUAUACGAAUCUCUAAGUAAAAUGAUCUUAUAUUAGUGAAUUUAUUUGAUAAAAAGUAAUUUAUUAUUUAUUUUAUGUGUUAAAUAGUUAAAUGUUGAUGUUAUUUGUUGGAUUCAAGUACAAAUAUUUAGGUAUUAACGUUAAAUGCCGUGCUUAAAUAUGAGUAUUUGUAAAUUAUUUGUAAUAUUAACCGGCAUGAACCGGCACAAACCGGUAUGUACCUCCGGUUGAACCAUUCCACUUGCUAAACCGGCACACUGGCACAAACCGGUUUGACAACCUUGUUCGAAACUUUUUCAUUCUUAUUCGUUAUUAGUUUUACGAACCGUUUCUCCCUUUCCUCUCUCUCUCACGCCAUCUUUUUUCUUCCUAUUCUUCUUCUUCUUCCUCCCAUCUCUUCCCUCUCUUUCUCACAAUUCUGCAAACCUUCAUCAAUCUACUCCUUCUACCACCACCAUUACUAUCACUACGAUUCACCUUGUGAGCCCCCUUCCUGUACUCAGCCUCCAACUCUCCCAAAACCUCCAAAUUCGCCAUCAAAACCUCGGAGCUCAUCUCCAGCACCAACGUCCCGCCUCUCCUCCCUCUCAACCUCACGUCAAACGAAUCCCCUCCUCCGCCGCCGCCGCCCGGAUCCAACCCGAAAUGACCCGAACCCGACCCGAGGCCGCCUCCUGUAACCCGCAGGCCGCAGCCAUCACGGCCUCCUCCUCCCAUCACCACCGCCGUUGCAACCCUCCCGCUGCCCUAUGUCUCCCACCACCACCGUCACCACGAGGUCACCGCCUCUCCCCUGCCUCCCCCUUUCGUCAUCCCUGAUUUUUUGUUUUUCAGAUCUGUGAUUUUUCAUAUUUCAGAUCUGAUUUUUUUGUGCUAGUCUCUAGUGGUACGCUACCAGUGGCAAUGGUACCGCUACCAGUGGCAAUGGUACCGCUACCAGUGGUACUGGUACUGGUACCGCUACUAGUGGUACUGGUACUGCUAAUGGUACCGCUACCAGUGGUACUGGUACUGCUAAUGGUACCGCUACAAGUGGUAAUGAUACCGUACCACUAGCACUGGUACAUUUUUUAACGCACUAGUAGCGUACCACUAGCACUGGUAUAUUAAUUACCAGUAGACUAAUGGAUUGUUACACUUUUUAACGCACCGGUACAUUUUUCAGGUUGCCGGAGGGAGUCUGGCGGAGACAAUUCGCAGGAGAAAAAGUCUAUCUAUCGAAGCGGAGUGGCCGCAGGAGAAAGGAAGAGAGAGAUAGAUAGAGAUAUUAAUGUAUAGGAUUUAAAUUUCAAAAAAAUUGUAUUUAAUAUGGGGUUUUAAUUCCCAAUCUGAUUAAUACAAAAAAAAAGUAAUUAAUAUAUUCCUUUUUUUCAUACCCAAAAUACCCUUGGUUUGUCACCGUAUCCGGUCCCGGUUUUUUCCACUUCUAAGCUACCCAAAGCUCUUUACUACACACGUAAUUUCAUUUAGUUUUAGCAUAAUUUAAUUGAGUUAGAGGUGGAAAGAUUGGGGAGCGGGUAUGGUAGGGCACGAAAACUCUGCCUCCAAAAUCAUGCAAAACGUGAACAAUGAUAUAAUAUAAUCGAGAGUUUUGCAUGGUUUUACAGCUGAAAGAUUCUUAAUAAAUUAUUUAUUCCUGAAGUAAGUUAAUCAAGAAAGGCUAGACCUUGAUCUGAGUUCUUUAGAAGAUGAUCCGGGUUUAAGAGAACAACUUUUAUGCUUUUAUCAUAUGAUAUGAUGAAUGUAUUUUACAUACUCUUCACAAUUUGAAUUCACAUUGUGGUCAUUGUAAAACAUUAAUAUAAGCUAUGUUGUGAUUUCUAUGUUGUGAUUUUCUUUUUAUAGUUGGUACCACCUUAGCAAAAUUUCUAUCUACGCCACUACUGGAUGGACUGAUAGAAAGCUGAAUCACGCAAUUGGAUCGCUUAGUCAGUCGGGAGCAGUUGUGGUGCACAACCAUGCAUAACGUUCCACAUCAACGCCAACUCAUAAUUUAUGAAAGACUUUAAUAUUUUCCAUUCUAAAUUUUAAGGGGCUAUAGCUCUCUCGUUUUAAGUCGGAAUUUGAUUUUUUGGUAUAGAUAAAUUUGAUUAAUUGUGCUCUUCAAAAUUAUAUCCACUUUGGUAUAUUUUUUGAAUAUAAUUUUUUUGAGACAUUUAGCACUAGUUUGUACCAUGGUGGUAUUGUUUUGUAUUUACAUGAGAGCAUACCACAUGGUAUGAAAGUGUAUCGUGGUGGUAUGAACAUACCAGACUGUAGAAUGGUUGAAUACAUGAUAGUAUGAAUAUAAUAACUAUCAUUUACAACUUUCAACAUUGUGUACCACAAGAUACCACCCCAGACAUUUUUUGGUCAUGUAUUUUUUACCUAGAAUGCAAUAGAUCAUGAUGAACAAGCUUUUUCUAUGCAAAAAAUUUCAAAAUUGACUUAAAAAAAGAGAUACCAUAUGGUAUGGAGGUGGUAACAAGUGGUAUGAAUUUUUUUCUCGAAAUGUAUUGAAAAUGGAUUAAAUUUUGUAGAGCACAAUAAACUCGUUUUAUUUGUGCAAUUUUGUUUGAAAAAUCCUAUUUAAAACGAAGAAAAUAAGAACCGGUUAAGAUAACUAAGGAAAAUAAAAAAAGUCAUUAAUUCUCAAUUUCUCACCUCUUAGAUAUGAUGCCCACUUAAAAUGAAAUGAUAAGAUUUAGUUGUGCAUAAUAUUAAUAUGCACCGUAGAGUUAUGAACGUAUCUGUAGCCUAGUCAGUCACAAUACCUCAACAAGCAAUUGAUGAAGACUUGUUAUUUUGAUUUUGAUUUAAUUUUUGUUUACUUAGGGGUCGUUCGGAAGUUGCGAUUGUUUUGUUGAGAUUGUCAUUAUGCAUGUAUUGUUUACAAUGCAUCGUUUUUUUUUAGCAGAAACAAUACAUGGAUUGUUUCUGUGAUGUGACAGAAACUAUCACUCAUUUUGAGUGAUUGUUAUAUCUCAACUUUUAGUUGUGAUUGUUGAGAUAGUUGAGUUGAGAUUGUUUUGUCUCAGCUUUUAGCUGAUGCGACAUACACAAUCACGCAUACCAAACAUUGUAUUCUACAAUGCUUCAAAUUCGACAAUACAUGUAUAAUAUUAUACAUGCAUACUCAACAAUACAUCUAUUUAACAAUCGCAACUUCCAAACGACCCCUUAAGAAAAUUCUAUGACUUUAGUUUACAUCAAGGAAUUUAGAUAAGGUUAGAAGAAAGAAGGGGGUUGACUAUCAUUAUUCCUCUUCGUCUUCCUUCCUUUUCUUCACUUUUGGAGAUGCUCGAUCGUACAUGGGAGGCGUGUUACGAUGACGUAGGGAAUGACAUUUUUAGGGGUUUUUCGUAAAAGAAAUAAAGCGCAAAAAACUUGCAAAGAAAAUAACUAAGAAAUAGCAAAUAAAAGAACGAAAUCUAAAUAUUUGAGUUCCAAUCUUCUUAUCAUUAAACGAACAAAACAACUACAAGUACAUAUUUAUAGGCUACAGAAUCCUGAAAUUCCCUUUCCUUUUCCUACUGGGUCGGCGACCCUUUUCUUUCUUUUCCUAUCACAAUUAUGAAACCUAUUCUAUAAGGAAUAUAUAUAUAUAUAUAUAUAUAUAUAUAUAUAUAUAUAUAUAUAUUAAAUCCUAAACACACAAGUACUAAGAAAUCCCAAUCUACUACUAACAAUUAAUCAUAAUACGAAAUACCAAAAAUACCCAAAUAAUAUCCCAAUUACGACUAAUAAUAAAAAAUACUAAAAGAUACCCAAGCCCAGUCUUCUACGAAAUGCUACGAUGACCCGAUCUCGUAACAUCCUCCCUCAUUGAGCACAACCUUGCCCUCAAGGUUGGUCUUCUUCCUCGAUGAACUUGCCCCCCUCAUCCUUAGCACAUGCGCCAAUCAUGAGAAGGACGUUGUUAUUCGCACAAUGGUGGCCAAUGGUGAAGUGCUCAUCCCAAUGGAAGCACAACCCUAAUAACGUAUAAUAUAAGGGCUUCACGGAAAAUAACGUAUAAUAUAAGGGCUUUGGAGAGAAUAAUCUUAGCUAAGGGACUUGUGUGUAAUCUUUGCUUUAGUACAUAAACUAAAAUGUAUUUAACCUAACCUAGUGAGGGAUCUAGCAAACAGAACGGCGGAAGGAGGGAAAUCGGGAGGCUCUAGACUUCACUCUUCAGUGAAUAGAUUGAAAGGAAGAGAAAAGGAGGGUCUAAUCGAGCAUCCGACGCCGGUCGUAGGCGCCGCCUUCGGCUACCUAUCACUGCCGAUUGGAGAAGCUAUUGCUGGAUUUCAUGGUGUUCUGUGCUUCGAUGUGCGAGUUGUGAAGU